GCAUGUGGUUGCUGCAGCAUGCAUACCGUCGAGCAUAGCAUGAAGUUUCUAAAGGAAAAGCAAUUGUCUUUUGUCCUAGCUGAAGUCCUUGCCAUGAAGAAGAGACUAAGGAUCAGCAUCCCAACUAUGGUGUUUCUCCUCUUUCUCCUCCUCCUGUUGGUGGGCGGAGUAAUCCAACUCCUCCUAUGGGUGGGCGGAGUGAUCCUCUCCCUUCUCCUGUGGGUGGAUGGGAUGGCCCUCUCCCUCUUCUUGUGGGUGGAUGGAGUGAUUCUCUCCUUUAUCCUGUGGGUGGGUGAAAUGAUUCUUUCCAUCUUCCUGUGGGUAGGCGGAGUGAUCCUCUCCGUCUUUCUCUGGAUAGGCGGAGUGAUCCUGUGGGUAGGUGGAGGGAUUCUCUCCCUUUUCCUGUGGGUAGGCGGAGUGAUCCUUUCCGUCUUCCUCUGGAUGGGCGGAGUGAUCCUGUGGGCAGGCGAAAUGAUUCUCUCUCUAUUCCUGUGGGUAGGCGGAGUGAUCCUUUCCCCCUUCCUUUGGAUGGGCGGAGUGAUCCUAUGGAUAGGUGAAAUGAUUCUCUCCCUCUUCCUGUGGGUGGGUCAAAUGAUUCUCUCCCUUUUCCUGUGGUUGGGUGGAGUGAUCCUCUCUGUCUUCCUCUGGAUGGUUGGAGUGAUCCUAUGGGUAGGCGGAGGGAUUCUCUCCCUCUUCCUGUGGGUAGGUGAAGUGAUCCUCUCCGUCUUCCUCUGGAUGGGUGGAGUGAUCCUAUGGAUGGGUGAAAUGAUUCUCUUCUUCUUCGUGUGGGUGGGUCAAAUGAUUCUCUCCCUUUUCCUGUGGUUGGGUGGAGUGAUCCUUUCCCUCUUCCUUUGGAUGGGCAAAAUGAUUCUGUGGGCAGGCGAAAUAAUAUUCUCCCUCUUCCUGUGGGUAGGUGGAGUGAUCCUAUCCCCCUUCCUCUUGGUGGGCCGAGCGAUCCUUUCCCUAUUCUUCUGGGUGGGUGGAGUGAUCCUUUCUGUGUGCAGAGUGGUUCUGUCGGUAUGCAAAGUAGUUGUCCCCUUUCCACUGUUGGUGGGCGGAAUGCUCCUCUCCCUUCGGUUCUUCAUUAUGGUAGGUGACGUGGUCGUCCCCCUCAUCCUCUUGUGGGUCAGUGUAAUGGUCCUCUACUUCCUGCACAUGUUGGUGGGUGGAUUGGUUCUCCUCCUAUUGCUAGGUGGAGUGGUCCUCUCUUCUCUCCUGUUGUACGUUGGUAGGUGUAUUUAUAAUGCACGUGGGAAUCUCUCUAGUACUGGAGCUGGUAUAACAUUAACAACAUCUGUUCUUCACUGUCAGUUUUUACCAUUAUUAAAAGAUCCUCAAGUAUUUCAAAAUAUAGAGCAGGAGUAUGGUGUGAAGUUCAAUGUAAAGCUCCCUAAUGGUUCAACCAAACCUAUUGCUACUUUUACCAAUACCAUAGCUAGUAUGAUGUCUGGUUCUUAUCCAUUGACUAUUGAGAGUAUUUUUGAUUAUUUAUCAAGCUCUGUUGCUGAUGUUAUCUCUUGGAGUUUUUUUGAUGGUCAGUUCAAACCUAUGAGUCCUACUGAUUCUGCUGAAAUUGAAAAACUCUAUCAGCAGUUUCUUCAUCAAGCAGCAAGCCAUGCCGGGAGUCAAUUGCCAUAUUCUAGAAAAAUUGGAGAAUGGAACUACAGUUAUGAUUUUGAUGGCAUGGUUCAGACAAAUACGAAAACACGGAAAAAGCGUAAAAUCAAACGUAUACCAGCUCUAGAUUCGUUUUCCCUCUGCCUAUCCUGUCGUGGUUUAAAAGAUAGUGUUCACACUUCUAUAGCUAGUUUACAUGAAAAGUUAAAAGGGAUGAUUAUCAAGAAAACAUUUGGAGACUGCAGUACAGAUAUUGUGGAGCCUAUUAUUAAAUUAGCAAGAUCAUUUUGUGUGAAAGUAGAUUCAUCACUUGAUAGCAUUGUAAUAUCUGGUGGUAGUGAUUAUUUGGCUAAAGUAUUUCUUGUUUUAAGACAGAAACAAAUGAGCCUUGAAUCUACUUCACUUUUAUCUUUUCCUCCAGAGUGGGAGCCACAGACUGAAAAUAUUGAACUGAAGUCUGUUCCAGUUAGUUCUUCUGAGGGGGCAAAGGUAGUGAGUGCUUUCAAGAAAACAAUGAACUCAAAUAUUUCAAAAAUUGAGAGGAUCCAGAACAAGUUUUUAUACACCAAGUAUGACCUGUGCAAGAAAAGGAUGCAUGAGAAGAAUAAUGGACGAGUAAAUGAGAAAUGGUUAUUUCAUGGAAGUCGCAGUGUUCCUCCAGAAACUAUAUACAAAUCAGAGCAUGGCUUUGAUUUUCGUCAUGGUGCCCAAGGCAUGUGGGGGAGAGGAGCAUAUUUUGCAGUUAAUGCUAAGUACUCUGGGGGUUCUUAUGCUUUUAAUUCUCCUGAAGGUCGACAGAUAUUCUUAGCCUUUGUUUUAACUGGUGACAGUAUAGCAAUGCAAAGUAAUCGCUUGUUAGUCACUCCACCAAGAAAAGAGGAUGGCAGUGGAGAUUAUGACAGUGUAAAUGGUGUGACUGGUUCAUCUCAAAUUUAUAUUGUAUAUGAUCAUGACAAAUGUUAUCCGGCUUAUCUUAUUACAUUUCAAUAGUA